GACUUGCGUGCUCUUUGCGCAAGCGCUGCACGAAAUGCACUUCGUGCCGGAAAGGAGGCCGUUGAUCUUCAGAGCUGUUUAGCCGCGGCGGGUCAGAUCCCACCCUCGGCACUCAAGGAACUCCUGGUCGAAGUCCCGCACGUGCGAUGGGAGGACAUCGGGGGCUACCACUCCACCAAAGAAGCGCUCAAAGAGGCCGUGGAGUGGCCCAUGCGAUACGCCUGGGCUUUUGAGGCCAUGCGCAUGGAGGCCCCGAAAGGCGUGCUGCUUUACGGCCCGCCGGGAUGCUCCAAGACAAUGAUGGCCAAAGCGGUGGCCACGGAGACGGAGAUGAACUUCAUCUCGAUCAAGGGCCCCGAGCUCUUCUCGAAGUACGUGGGCGACAGCGAACGGGCUGUGCGGGAUGUCUUCCGAAAGGCGCGCACAGCAGCGCCGUGCGUUGUCUUCUUCGACGAGGUCGAUGCGCUGGGCGCCAGCCGCGAGAGCGAGGGAGGAGGCGUCUCCUCGCGGGUUUUGGCACAGCUCUUGGCGGAGAUGGACGG